AUGGCUGACAUUGGCUGUGCCUUCGCAGGCGCAAAGAUGUGUGAGAAGUUGAGCGAACUCAAAGCCUACCAGUCUGAACCAGGGACAACUGAGAAGUUAUCCUUUGACACACUCUUGGAUGUGUGGGGGCAGAACCCCCAGGGAGAAACUGACGAAAAGGAAGGCCUCUUGUACAAGAAGACGGCCGCAUAUAUGCUGCAGACCAAUAACCCCUACACCGAUCCAAAUGGCGACUAG